GUGCAGUCUGUAUGUUCUGGGGCGAACCUAACAGUGGAAACCGUGUCUAAUACCGAGGAUCGAGAGUACCAUAUCCCGCAACAGUGAAACCAAGUGGAGAGAGAGGCGCGCCGUUACACAGGGAAGGGGGAAAAGAUCCAGGCAUUUGAACUGGAAAUUCACGUCCACCUGACAACGGAAUCGAAUGGGAAAAGGAGAAAACCCCAUUCUGUGGGAAGUCAACGAGAGCAAAACGGAUUUUCCCAGAAAGGAAGGAUAUUUAAUUGUUUUUUUUUCUGUGAAAUUGAUAAAUAUGUAGACUGAGUAAGCAUUUCUUUAUUGUUCAUUUUACGUUUGCUCUGCGACAGAAGGCAAUUGGUAAAGAGAUCUGCAUACAAAUUGGAUUUUGGGAAUAACGGACGCAGACACAGCCAAACAUAGAAAAAGAGCAGAUGAUUCAUCCAUUGUGGUCGACCUUCAAAAGGCAAUACGUGCAAGAACAAAGCAUUCUACAAUGAUGUGAUUUGGCCAUUUCAGAAUACGCAACUUGAACUGCUUAACAGAACCACUCAACAAGACGUCUUUGCCCGGGGGUUUGAGGGAGCUGGUGAUGGAUCCAUUGCAUAAGCAGGGUACUUGGAGCAAAAAAAUGCUGCUACUAUUCUAUGUGGCCUUGGAACUCAUAACUGUCCACUCCUCCACUGUCUUGGGUACAUUAGACUUGCAGUUGGAUGAAGAACAGCCUGCUGGAACUAUUGUAGGUGACAUCAGUGCUGGGCUGCCCCCUGGUACCAUGGCUACACUGUUCUUCAUAUCUGAUCACGAGGGCACUGGGGUUGGUAGUGAUUUGGACAUUGACGAAACAACUGGGAUCAUCAAAACAGCCAAGGUUUUGGACAGGGAGGUGAGAGACCAUUACAACUUUAUUGCAGUCACCAUGCACGGACUGACGGUAGAGGUAACAAUAGUAGUAAAUGACAUCAAUGACCACGCACCAGAAUUUCCUAAGAAAAGGGUCACGUUCAAGAUUCCAGAACACACAGCAGUGGGCACAAGAUUUUCUCUUGAUCCUGCAGCAGAUGCUGAUAAAGGUCAGUUCACCACUCAGGGUUAUCUGAUAAAAGAUGGCAACAUGGGACAGGCUUUCCGCUUAGAGACUAAGAGGGGCUCCAAUGAAGUUUUAAAUUUGGAUCUAGUAGUCAAUGCCAUCUUAGACAGAGAGAAAAGGUCUUCGUACACCUUGCACCUGGAAGCUUUUGAUGGCGGUUCUCCUAAGAAGACUGGACAGAUGAUCUUGGAUGUUUCUGUCCAAGACAUCAAUGACCAUGCACCUGUCUUCAACCAGAGUCGCUAUCAUGCCCUCAUUUCAGAAAACAUGCAGCCUGGCAACACCAUAUUGCAGGUGUUUGCUACAGAUGCAGAUGAAGGGGAUAAUGGACUGGUGCUAUAUGAGAUCAACAGGAGGCAAAGCGACCCUGAGCACUAUUUUGUUAUAGAUCCACGCACAGGCGUAAUCACUCUCAAUAAACCACUAGACUACGAAAUGAGGAAAGUCCAUGAGUUGGUGGUACAAGCCCGGGACAAUGCAAGCCAUCCAGAAGUCACCAAUGCUUUUGUCACCAUCCACGUCCGUGAUUACAAUGACAACCAGCCCACAAUGACCAUCAUCUUCCUCAGUGAAGAUGGCUCCCCACGCAUUUCUGAGGGAGCACAACCAGGCCAGUACGUAGCGCGUAUCUCAGUGUCAGACCCAGAUUACGGCGAAUACCCCAAUGUAAAUGUGACAUUAGAAGGUGGAGAUGGUAAAUUUGGUCUGACAACAAAGGAUAACAUCAUCUACCUCAUAUGUGUGGACAAAAUCCUAGAUCGAGAAGAGAGGGAUUCUUAUGAGCUGCGGGUAUUUGCCACUGACUCUGGGACUCCCCCUCUCAGAGCUGAAUCAUCGUUCACUAUUCAGGUGACUGACGUCAAUGACAACCCUCCACUUUUUGACCAGCAGGCUUACAAGCAAACCAUUCCAGAAGUGGUGUACCCUGGAAGCUUUGUCCUUCAGGUCACUGCGAGAGACAAAGACCAGGGUCCCAAUGGUGAAAUCAAUUACAGCAUUCUUCAAGACCAUGGGACCCAUUCAGAUUGGUUUACUAUUGACCCGGUCACCGGAAUAAUCACCACGGCCAUGGAGCUGGAUUAUGAGACAGAUCCCAAGCCGAGGAUCACAGUGGUGGCCACUGAUGGGGGGCGGCCACCUCUGUCCUCCACCGCUGUGGUUAACGUGGUCUUGCAGGAUAUUAACGACAAUGAGCCUGUUUUUGGAAGCAAUUUCUACAAUGUCUCCAUCAAAGAGAACACAGCUGCUGGAACGUGUUUCCUUCAGGUAACCGCAACGGAUGCAGACGGUGGCUCUUUUGGCACCAUCUCCUAUUCCAUUGGCUCUGGCCUGGGCAGCGUCACACCCACACAGUUUACCAUCGGGAAAGAGACUGGCCAGAUCUGCACCAAAGUGGCACUGGACAGAGACCUGGGCACCACCAGCUACGAUUUCACUGUCACCGCAGUCGAUGGGGGUGGUCUUAACUCAAUGGCCUACGUGAAGGUAUUCCUGGUUGACAUUAAUGACAACAGACCAACCUUCUACCCAGUCCACUAUGCAGUCAGCUUGAGCACGCAGAGUGCCCCUGGUACUUCUGUUGUCAGGGUAACGGCCUACGACCAUGACGAAGGGGAGAAUGGCCGAGUGACGUACCGUACAGUUCCAGGGGGCAGCUCACAAUACUUCACGCUCAACAAAGACACAGGUGUGAUCUCGCUGUCUCGCUCUCUUCAUGGGAAGGCCAACUCUGUGAUCCAGAUGGUCAUCACUGCACAGGAUGGUGGGGGGCUUAUGGCUCCUGUUAAUGCCAGGGUCAAUAUCAGUGUGGUUGCUGGCUCAGUGGCGCCCCCUGUGUUUGAACAGGCACACUACUUCUUUACUGUCUCUGAGGAUGUGCUGCGGGGGACUCAGGUGGGAGUGGUGCGAGCUAUGAGCAGAAAUGGGGAGUCCAAAGACGUCUUCUACACAAUCUCCUCUGGCGAUCCAGAUGGCUACUUCACAGUGGACUCCGAAACGGGGGCCCUGCGCACCAGCCUUCCUCUCGACCAUGAGGCCCGUCCUUCGCUGGAGCUGGAGGUGCAGGCUCGCAGUGGCAUGCCCCCGGCCUUUGGGCAGACACGGGUUCGCAUCACCAUCGCGGAUGUCAACGACAACGCUCCCUCUUUCCUGCCUUCGUCCUCGGAGUCCCUGCUCCUGCCUGAGGCCACCAAAAUGGGCACAGUGGUCUACAGGGUGCGCGCUGAAGACCGCGACUCGGGUCCCAAUGGGCAGCUGAGCUUUGACCUGGCUUCCACCGGGGGGCAGCGUACCUUUGGCAUCGAGCGCAGUAGUGGGGAGAUCCGGCUGAUCGGAAGCCUGUCCUACGAAACGACUCCGCGCUACGACCUACAAGUGACGGCCAAGGACAGUGGGGUUCCCCAACUCAGUGCGACCUUCACCCUGGUGGUGCACGUGCAAGCUGAGAACAACCAGGGCCCAGUUUUCGACACCCUCACCUACCGCGUUGAGCUGAAGGAGGGAACCCCGCUCAACACACGCUUCCUCCAGGUGCGAGCGCUGAACCAGGAAGCCGCCAGCAGCCCCACUGGGAGCACAGCAAGCUCCAGUCCUCUGGCUUACCACCUUCGCCCGGAUGGGGACGCGGCAGGUUUCGGCAUUGCUUCCGACUCCGGCUGGCUGUUUGUGAAGAGUGCCCUGGAUAGAGAAGCCAAGGAUCUAUACCUGCUGACUGUCCUAGCCACCUCGGGAAGUGGUCAGCUGAAGAAAACGGGCAGCGCCACUGUCCGAGUGUCGGUAACAGACGAGAAUGACAACUCCCCCAGACUUGCACAGGAGCGGGCUUUCCUGGCAGUACGAGAGAAUUUGCCAGAAGGUACUGGUUUUGGAAGAGUGUCGGCAACUGAUCGGGAUGCAGGGCUUAACAGCCGCCUUACUUUCCGACUCCUACACCCUGACCGGAACUUCCAGAUAAACUCCCAAACUGGAGAGAUCAGCACACGGACCGCUCUGAACCGGGAGCACCAGUCAAGUUACCAGCUGGUGGUGGUGGUACAGGAUGGUGGCACGCCUCCUCGGAGCGCCACGGGCACUGCACACAUCACGGUGCUGGACGAGAAUGACAAUGCCCCCUCCUUUACACAUGCAAAGCCCGGGAGGGACCUUCUCAUGCAGGUGCAGGAAGGCAAGCCGUCUGGCACUUUGAUAGGAACGGUGCAGGCUAAGGAUCCUGAUGAAGGAGAAAAUGGGACCAUCUACUACUCUCUGUCAGGCCCUAGGGCGGAACGAUUUUCUUUGAACCCAAAUACAGGAGAGUUGAGGUCAUCUUCUCCCUUGAGUCGUACUGAGAGAGCAGAGUAUUCUUUCACUGUGACAGCCACAGACCGUGGCCAGCCAGCUCAGAGCACCUCCACCACUCUAAUCAUACAGGUCCUUAGCUCCAGUAAGAUGGUUCCUAAACCCAACACCCAUGCUGUGACCCUAAAAUCUAUAGAAGGUGCCAAACCAGGCUCAGUGGUUGGCUCGGUCAGGUCACAUGACCAGCAGGUCAUGCACGAAGAAGGUCAGGUGACCUACACGGUAGUGGGGGGCACUGAUCAAGAGGGCACCUUCAUGGUGGACAGAUUGACCGGCGACGUCUACUUAGCAAGAGAGCUGGACUAUGAACAGGGAACACGCUAUACCCUUCAGAUCGAGGUAGAUGACUUCUCCAAAGCUUAUCCCACCAGCCGCAUCAUCACAUUGGACAUAGAUGUUCAGGACAGCAAUGACCAUGCACCCCAGUUUCCAGAGGAUCCAGUUACCAUUGUCAUUCCUGAAAAUAUGGAACCCGGUUCUUCCAUCUACGCUUUUCAAGCUAUCGACAAAGAUGGCAGUGGACCAAAUAGUGAGAUCCGUUACACCAUCCUCCACCAGUGGCCUGACAACAGUGACCUCUUGUCUCUUGACCCAUCAACUGGGGUCCUGUCCCUGGGGCAGAUUCUGGAUUGUGAAACAACCUCUUCCCUGUUUCUGGUCGUAAAAGCCACAGACUGCGCCCUCAAUGCAAGUCAGCGCCAUUGGGGUUCGGUGACAGCCAGGAUCUUUGUGACAGAUGAGAACGACAACGCCCCUGUCUUCAGCUCCCCCACAGCAGUCAGUGUCAUGGAGGACCAGCCCGUAGGCUUUGUCGUGCUGUACGUCAUGGCGCAGGAUGCUGAUCAAGGAGAGAAUGGCCGGGUAUCAUAUCGGAUCCAGGCAGGCAACGCUGGAGGAAGAUUCAGUCUCAACCCUAACACAGGCUCCCUCUCUAUUCUCAAGGCUCUUGACCGUGAGGAGCAAGCACUCUACAAUUUGACGAUUGUCGCAGAGGAUCAUGGGACCCCCCAGCACUCAACUACACAGUUACUGUCAGUGCAGGUGAUCGAUGUGAACGACGAGGCACCGUGGUUCUCAAAAACUGAAUUUGAGGCCCAGAUUUCCGAGAAUCAACGAGCUGGAACUUCCAUACUAACUGUGUCAGCUGUCGAUCGUGACCAAGGGACAAAUGGCUUGGUGACUUAUGGGGGUAUUGCAGAGGAGGCGUUCACUGUUGACCCGAUAACUGGGGUCAUUUCAUCCACAAAAGCCCUGGAUCGCGAGACACAGGAACGCUACACUGUCACAGUCUACGCAAAAGAUGGUGGCAUGCCUCCAAAUUUUGCCAAGGCGACCAUCAGGAUCAGCAUCCUGGAUGAGAAUGACAACACUCCAGCCUUUGGGAAGGAUAUGUACAACCUGGAGGUGCCUGAGAACCUGCAGCCCGUGGAGCUCUUCACAUUAAAGGCCACAGACCUUGAUACUGGGGACAAUGGAGAAGUGGAGUACAAGAUCAUUGAUGGAGAUCCCACCAGUGAUUUUCAUCUGGACAGCAGCUCUGGAGUGCUCUCCACUUCAAAGCCCCUUGACAGGGAAAGGAGAGCAAGCUAUUCUUUGACCAUUGUAGCUCAGGAUCACGGAAAACAUAAGCUCAGCAGUACAGCCAAAGUGGAAGUGAUGGUUCUGGAUGUCAAUGACAACAGCCCCAGAUUUGGACAGUCCGUUUACAAUAUAGAUAUUUCUGAAAAUGCAUCUGUUGGCAGGCUAGUGCUUGAAGUGACUGCUACCGAUGAGGAUGAAGGAUCCAAUGGGAAAGUACUCUACUUCUUGAGUAGUGAGGCCCGUGGCAUGUUUGACGUGGACCAAAACACAGGUAGAAUUACUACAACAGGUCCCCUGGACAGAGAAAAGCGAGCUGCUUACAAAUUUUUGGUGUGUGCUGUGGACUCUUCUCCAUCUGCUCCCAGGAAUACCACAGCAGAAGUUACCGUCACCAUACAAGACGUUAACGAUAAUGCCCCCUUUUUCAUUCAGGACCCACUUAUCAUCAACAUCUCCAGCAACAGUGUCUCCAAUCACCAGGUAGUGGCUACCAUGAGAGCAGAGGAUAAAGAUUUUGGGGCCAAUGGGUCCAUUUUUUAUCGGUUUGCCACCCCAGCUCGUGGGUUUACCAUUAAUUCUCUAACGGGGGAUAUCCAGGUAACUGAGAAGUUGCUCACUCUGAGUCAAAAACAGAGAACACUGCUUAUAGAGGCGAUGGACCAGGGGACCCCUGCACGGUCCUCCAUUGGUGUGGUGGUGAUUUACGUCAAAGAGGAGGACUACAAGGGCAUUCGUUUCUCACGCAACACGCGAGAUGUGAGCCUCCCGGAAAACGCAGCCUUAGGUACAGCUGUCGUACAGAUCCAGGCACAGCAUCCCGAUGGCUCUAACCGUGGCAUCACCUACAGCAUCUUCAGCGGAAACAGACUGGAGUCGUUCCGCAUCAGUGCCAGCACAGGUGAGAUCUGGGUACAGAGUUCCACUGGUCUAGACUUUGAGGAGACUCCCAGGCUUCGCUUAGUGGUGAAGGCCGAGACUCCAUCUUCCAGUUCCUUCAUGGCCGUCAAUUUGAUACUCCAAGAUGUGAACGAUAACCUGCCGCGAUUCCAGUUGCAGAACUACAUUGCUUACUUACGUGAGGCGCAAGGCUAUGACUUUCCCAUUAUUCAGGUAUUGGCUGAUGAUCCAGACCAGGGUCAGAAUGGCCAAGUGACCUACUCCAUCCAGUCAUCCUCUAUGAGUGGCCUUUUUAAAAUUGACCCCUUAACCGGCAGCAUCACCACAGCAGCCAUCAUGGACCGGGAGAUCUGGACUCAAACAAAGCUUGUUGUCGCGGCAACAGACAGAGGAAGCCCCAGGCUCGCGGGGACUGCAACUCUUACUGUGGUCAUUGUGGAUCUGAAUGACAACAGUCCCACAAUCCCCCUGCCUCGCGAAGUCCGAGUGCCUGAGAACACACUGAUAGGAACAGAAAUCACCCAGGUGACAGGAAAUGAUGUAGACUCAGGCCCCGCCCUCUCCUAUAUGCUCCAACUGGACAGCAAGUCCCUGGGAAAGUUUGGGAUCCACCGAUAUGGGGGUGGGAUCUCCCUCACUGCCCCUCUGGACUACGAGGAGAGGACCUGGUACACACUCACAGUUCGCUCCUCGGAUUCCAAGCACGAGAGUGAGGCCAACCUGACUGUGCUGGUAGAGGAUGUUAAUGACAAUGCCCCAGUGUUCACCCAGGACCUGUACCAGGUAACUCUGCCAGAGCAUUCACCACCAGGCAGUCCUGUUGUCACAGUAACCGCAACAGACAGGGAUUCUGGAAAGAAUGGGAAGGUCACCUAUAGGGUGAUGUCAUCAAGUAGAGAUGGCUUUUACAUAGACCCAAGCAAUGGUACCCUGUUUAUCAGCCAGGAGGCUAAAUUUGAUCCAGACCGACUUGCUGUCAGCGUCGUCAUUGAGGCACGUGAUGGAGGCACUCCAACACUGUCAUCCAUUACCACUGUUCAAGUACAGGUGUCCGAUGUCAAUGACAAUGCACCUACCUUCCACCAGUCUGAGUAUAGAGCCACGGUUUCCGAGGAUGGUAUGCCAGGAUCGACCAUCCUGACUCUGGAGGCUGUCGAUGGAGACCUCUCUCGAGAAAACUGUGGCUUUGACUUUGCCAUCGCCAGUGGUAAUGCGGGCAAUGCCUUCCAGAUUGAGAGCAGUGUCCGCUUCAUUGAGGGAAGGGGAUUCCAGACUGUGGGCACCCUCAUCCUGGUAGAGCGCCUGGAUUUCGAGUUUGUGUCGCAGUACAAUCUGACCAUUGUGGCAUCAGAUCGAGGUGUGCCCCAGAUGAGCUCCAGUGUACCGGCUGUGAUCACCAUUACUGACACCAAUGAUAACCCCCCAGCCUUCGGCCGUGCUGAAUACAGUGUGGCAGUCAAUGAAGGUGUGGGGCCAGGCACUGAGAUCCUUCGAUUGUCUGCCUCAGACCCUGAUUCUGCUCCAAAUGCUGAGAUCCAGUAUGCAAUCAGCUCAGGUGAUGAGAUGGAGCUUUUUACUGUGGACAGAUGGACAGGAGCGCUCAGGCUGCAGCAAUCCUUAGAUCGGGAAAUGAAAUCAUCCCAUGUGGUUAUUGUCCAGGCUUCAGAUGGCCAGGGCCACUAUGCUUUAGCUCCUGUCACUGUCGAGGUGAAAGACGUUAAUGACAACAAGCCCUACUUUCCACUGGAAACACUGAUUGCCAGCAUUCAGGAGAACCAGCCCCCAAAUUCUCUGGUCACCAUUCUUCAUGCUGUAGAUUUUGACACUGGGGUUUAUGGACAAUUGCGCUACUACAUGGUGGACAAAACUGGCGAGGGCAAGGACUCAUUUUUAGUGGAACAAAACUCUGGGGAAAUCAGAGCCCGAUCAACAUUAGACUUUGAAAAGGUGAAAUCCUUUCGAUUUGUGGCUCUGGCAUUGGACUCUGGCAACUACUCAACAACAGUCACAGUCCAAGUGUAUGUUACAGGAGAAGAUGAAUAUGAUCCAGUUUUUACCUCUUCAGAGUUUGCUUUUGAGGUGCCUGAGGGAGCUAAAAAAGGUCAGAGUAUUGGCCAGGUUCAGGCCAGCGAUGAAGAUGAAGGUGUGGAUGGAAUCGUACUCUAUUCAUUUGCUAGUGACACUCCUUAUUUUGGCAUCAAUGCAACCACAGGGGUGGUCUAUCUGAAGAUGGACAGUCAGAGCAGGCACAGUUCAGCAGGCCGUUCAAAGAGGGAAGCGAGGCAAAUGACUUUAGACAUAGAAGCUCAUAGUCCACUAGAGUCUUCACGGGUUACCACUGCUCAGAUAACUAUUGAUGUUACUCACACUUCCUUUGGACUUGCAUCAGAUGUCAACAUCUUGCUGGUCAUUGUCAUCGCUGCAUCACUUGGGGCUGUUGUAAUCUUGAUUGUGAUUGCUGUGGCCUUGUUGAUGGUGAGAUCCAGGAGGAAGAGGAAGCAGGAGGAGUCCAGUAGCAGGACUGCACCCCCAGGAACUGCCUUGCAGAAGCUUGAUGAGGCUAAACUGUCAGGAGGGGAGAGGAUUUACCAUCAGACGUUGCCUGGAUACACUGGUGAACAAGGUGGAACAGGUGGAGGUUCUUAUACCAGAGGAGGUUCGCUUGACCCCUCCCAUUCCAGCGGACGAGGUUCUGCAGAAGCAGAAGCAGCCGAGGAUGAUGAGAUUCGCAUGAUCAAUGAAUACCCUCGGGUGUCAAGUAUCUCCUCCUCCAUGCAAGACCACCUAUCCACACGGGGUCCUGAUUCAGGGAUCCAGCAGGAUGCAGACCAGCUCUCUGACAUAUCGUGUGAACCAGGGAUGGAGGCUGGACACUGGUUCAAAGGGAAGAAAAUUGGGAGUCUCAGUGGAACAUUGCUGUCUGGCCAGCAUCCGGUUUACAGAGAUGAAGGUGGAGGAUAUCUGGGGGUGGGAAGGGGGCUGAACAUCUCCCAUCCAAAGGAUUAUGCAUUCCCCGAAGAUGGUAAGCCCUCCAUAGAUGGCUCUCUCACAGCCAUUGUGGCCAGUGAUGAGGAGCUACGGGGUAGCUAUAACUGGGAUUACCUCCUCAACUGGUGUCCCCAAUUUCAGCCCCUUGCCAGUGUUUUCACUGAGAUAGCACGACUGAAAGAUGAAAGUGCUCCCCCUAAUCCUCGGCGGCCCUUCCAGCCUAAAGCGAAAGCAGAUCCCAAGCCUAGAAUCGAUCCACCACCACUCAUAACUUCUGUGGCACAUCCGGGGGCCAAGACUGUUCCCCCAAAGCCAGCCAUUGGACGGACUUUUCCUCAUCUAGCUUCUCUCCGGCGUUCUCCUAUCAGCCACGAGGGUUCUAUCUCCUCAGCAGCCAUGUCCCCUAGCUUCUCCCCUUCUCUAUCCCCUUUGGCAGCCAGGUCCCCAGCUGUUUCCCCAUUUGGUGUCACCCAGGGGCCCUCGGCUUCCAUGAUCAGCACUGCAGAGCACUCAUUGGACCAUCCAGAGGAAGCUGAAAUGAGCAUUUAGAGCAUUUUGCUUCUGAGUGCAAGGGAUUGUCCCUCAAAGUGAACAAUGGCGUUAUCUCCUUUAAUACACAGGUUCCUGAAAACACCAUGUGAUGAAACUAUCGAGCAAAAUGAGGAGUAUGUACUGGACCUUAUCCAAACUCAAAAGAAACCAAAUGAGAAAGAACUAAGAAUCUGUAGCUUUUCAGGCUUUAUGUGACAAUGACUUACUUGCAGGGCAUGAGAAACACGAUUCUUGGGUUCUACAACAUUUAUACUGUUACUAGAAAAAGAAUCCUCUCAUGGAUGGGUCAGUUGAUGGGUCACCUACAAUUCUUUGUUUGGAACAAAUGAGCCUCACCUUGAUAGAAUGAGCCUAGUCCUCUUGUUAGAGUUCUUUUGACUUAACAAUCCUUUCAAACAGCUGAGGAACACCAGUGAUGGGAAGUCAUUUCUUUAAACCAACCUACCUUCUUCAGAAACAAGAGCAAAACUUGAGUAUGGCUGAUUACGUAAGAAUCAUUUCACCUGCUGUGGUGUGGUUUCAGACCCUCAGUGCUUUGCGUGUAGGAACCAAGAUUACUGCCAAAACCUUGCUGCCAGAGAAGCUCAGAGGUGGUCCAGUGAGAGAGAUUUCCUUUGUUCUGAAUUAAUUUUCAAAAGAAAUAUUGCCAAUAUACAAAGUGAAGCUGCUUAAAAAGUAAGAGAAGCUGUAAAUGUCAGAAUGCUGUUGUAAAUUUCACCAAGCUCUAACUUAAUGUUGAAAUAUAGGCAGCAAUUUCUGGUGCCAUGGCCUCAGCCUCUUCAGCACCUCUUCACCAUGGAUAUCCCUAUAUGUACGGCGCUCUGGCAGAUUCUUUUCUGCAUUGUUUCAGUAUCUACUUAUCUGGAUGUGUUUGGAAAAUUGUGUUCUUUUUGUGUAGCCUCACUGGCUGGCCAGAGAGCUGAGUCUGUGUUCAUUUAAUGAUCGGGGUGGCUGUGAAACUCUUUAAGUAUUAUUUUCUGAGGCCAAAAAGCUCAUUGUCAUCUUACUUAGUUUUUUCUCCAUGGAAAAUAUCACACCACUUGUAUCACUCAGACAAAUACCUUUCAGUGUUCAAGACAUAAAAAUAACCGGUAUUUGCACCUUUCGUUGUCAGAAAACUUGGCUGUUUACCAGACAGCUGGGAAAGAAGAUUUUUGUUUAUAUGAUUUAUUUUGUUACAUACAAACAUUUUUUAUCUGACUAGAGUGUGACAUUACCUUUUGUCGAAGGUUGGCCUCAUAUUAUGUAUAUGUCUAUGUAUAUGAGUAUGUUUGUAAUGAUAUGUAAGCUUUUUAUUUUUAUCUAGGAUUGCAUUUCAGUGUGCCUGUGAAAUAUAGAGACUUUUGGUGUCUGCGAUGUGGGUGAUUGGAGAGUUUUUAUAUUUAUAAAACUGUGCUCGCUACAGCAGAUUGUAGGAGAUAUGGAAAUAUUUUCCCUCAAUAUUGAAUGGCCUCUGCAGAUACGCCAUGGGGAUUUUUGUGUUCAUUUUGACAAACCAAAAACCUAAAAAACAACAACUUGUGAUGGGGAGGCCACUGUAGCUCACUUAACAAAUGACAGUGGUUCAAGCGAAGGAGACACUUGGAUACCAUUUUUUUCCUAAUUUCAGGUUCAGGCAGCAGUGCUGACCUUCCAUAACUUAAACUUCUGGGAUUCUAACUAAACCACUUCUUAAUGUGCUGUCCAGGUUUUGUAUGACUCUUUUGCAAAGUUAAAAUAAGCCAAUGGAAGAAGCAUUUCAUCUUCAUUUAUAAAGGUCACUGAUGAUGGAUACAUUAUGACAGAAAUCAACGGUCCAGUUUGCAUUCAGUGAUGAAUUGUCAACAGUUCAAAUGGGGAGGCCACAGAAAUGUUGAGGAGCUUUUUCUAGAAAGAAAAACAAACAAUUCAUAAACCUCAACACUUGCUGCUUUUAUUGUAUAUUGACUGGGAGAAAGGUUUCUUGACUACAAAUUGUGCUUCAGCCUACAAACCUCCUGUGUGAGGAUAGGUCAGUAAUAUCUUUCUUCUGGGUUCCAACAGUGUAGUCAGUCGUUUGUGUUUAAAAUUAACAGUGAGGCUAUUCAGUACAGGGCAACAGUAUUCCUGUGCUGUUUCAUGUGACAUAAUUUAAGAUCUUGUAUCAGGUCACUAGAUACCUACACUCAGUCUAAUUGCUGAUGAGCAUGAGGCCCUAACUAUUCAAAACCACUGCGCUGAUAACUGCAUCUUUUUUUGAGUUGAUGUUUUGUCUAUAAGCAGCUAGAAAUCUGCUGAUUGUUUUAAGGCACCAUUAUCCAGUAAAAUACAAAAUGUGACAUCAUCGUGGUCUCAUAGAGAAGUCAGUUCUAAAAAGGUAAAAUACAUAUUUACAUAAGUUAGGAAACCAUCUUGAUAGAAGCUAUAAAAGCUGCAAAAAGCCUUCUUUUGCACCUGAUUUUCUGAGAAUAUAAAAGAAAUGUAUCAAUAACCCAAGCGAAUUGGGAAGACAAUUUUCUUCCCACAAAAUCUAUAUUUUUAAACCCCUUAAUACAUUUAUGCUUGAGACCAAACUUAAAUAUUUGCCUUUGUUAGGAGCCUCAAUACCAUAUUUGUUAUAUUAAUCAUAUAUAUUAUAAUUAUAAUAUAUUAGGCAAAUAUUCCCAGAAAUGUCUAACAUUUGCUACAUUGCUUGUACAUUGUAAAACAUAUAAAACAUAAGAAUUGAGGGGUUUAGAUAGUGAUCUCAUCUGUAAAACCUUACUUUUAAGAUGCUGUUCAGCUUCUGACAGAAACAAAUUAAGAGGUCUGAGUUAAAUGUGAUUUGUCAGGCAGCUUGACCCAUUGUGAAGUCAAACCAUCACUCUUUUGAAGCGGAGGGCCAGGCUCAACUGCUUGUGUCAAGGUUGGCUUUUGAAAGUGCAAGAGAAAACAAUUAAAUAUUGCAUCAUUUGGAAAACUGUAAAAGUUGAUGGCAGCUAUUACAAAAAAUAAUACAUUCAAACACAAGGCUGAGAAAAAACUCAGCCAGAACAGUACAAACACAUCUGUAUAGUGUACAGAUGAAGUAAAAGACACGCAAGCUGUUCUAUCUUCGUUUUGAACUUCGAACUUUCCAUGCUGUCAUUAUGUACGUAGUCCUUUCCACAGAAAGAAAGAAAACACUUGAGUUGAACUUCGAAGGCUAAAUGAAGGUGGUAAAAAAAUAUAUAAUGUAAAAUGAAAAUAAGAUACAAAGCAUUAACAAAUAUACAGUACAGUAUAUAACGUUGACAUAGCCCAGUAAUUAAUGGGAUGUUCUUCCUCCAUAUGCUUCCAUGUGGAAAACAGGCAUGUUUACAGACUGACAGAUUUCUGCCUCAUUUCCUCUAAAAAGAGGACGAAGCAAUAAGUUUUUUAUUAACAUGGAAGAAUCAACAAAAUAAUCAGGGUUUACAGAAUAACAAAGAAAGCCAAGAGUCUCCAAGCUGGACGAGACAAACAACAGAUUGCACAAAAAAUUCAACCUAACCUAAAACAGUCUAAGGUCUCUCGACCUUCUUACGUGUUUCCAAUUGCUUUUCGGUUACACAAUUGUUUUUUUUAACUUGGUGGUAAUUCAUUUUGUACAACUUUAAACAGGAACUGCUUUCUUAGAGUUCCCUGACCUGCAUUGUUGAUGUUUUCUGUAACCACGCAUUUCAACUGCCUGUUGACGUGAGUUUUCCUCUGAACUGGUAUCAUGUUGUCCUUAAGCGCUUAUUCCAGACUCUCAUGUCUCAAGUCUGAGGAUAACUGAGAGCAUGCCAGGAGUAUUUAAAGUUACACAGAGAUGUUACAAGAAAGAGAAAAUCUGUACAAUGAGGUAAUGACCAAACACCAAGUCAUAACGUGUUUAUUGUGUUUGAAACUUGACUCUUUCUACUUGGCCCAAACCACAAGCUCUAGGCCAGUCUACCUCCUUCUUAGAAAUGAUUAUUGGCCAAGACUAAAUUUAUUCACUAGAUUAACAUAUGUACUGUGGGAUUUUGCCGUGGCAGAAGAACCUAUCCCUUAGUUAGUUGAUUCAGAUUAUGUACAGUGACCGUUCAUUUUGGCUACCAUUAGGUUUUUUAUACGCCCACCUUCUUUAAUGAUGUACCAGUAAUUCCAAUUGUAAUUUUAUAGAGGGUGUCGUUUAAGGCAUAUUGCCGCUAAUCGAUCUCGCAUACCCCAUGUGCAUGGCGUGGAUAAUCCUGAAUACAGUAAGUAUUGAUUGGCCUUCCAUUAGUGACUUAGAUUCAAUUACUAACCUUGUCAAUCCUCUGAUCAAGUGGUGCACUCUAAAGGUAGCAAAUUCAUGUUAUAUUUGUACAGGAAUACAAAACAAUACAUACAGUAUUUUGAAAUCUGUUUUGCUAUUGAUAACUGUAUAUUUAAUUUGUAUUGUGCAGUGUUUCAUAAUAUUACUAAAAUAGUGAAUAGCCCAAGUCUUGUUCAUGUUCUGCCAUAUUUGAUUGAAGCCAUGCUUUCAAUUUCUUGGAUCUUUUUGGAAUUGUUUUUUCCCAAAAAUGAACAAUAUAUGUUUAAUUAAGGUUUCUGGUUGACCCCUAGUGUAAGAAGUUUUAAUACUAUUCAGACACUUGCCUUGAAAUAAAAUCCUGGAAUUUCCAUUCCAUUUAUUUUUUCAUCAACAAGUUGCAUUUAUUGACAGUCUUGGAAUCUGUGGUUUUAUUUUAAUUGUUAACAUGUUGGUAGAAAUGUACCUUUAUUAGUUUGGAGCAGACUCCUCCAAAAAGCAUAAUUAAGAGUCUGAUAAGUCUCACUCCUCUCAAUUUGUCAAAUCCUGAGAAAACAUUCCAGGGAGAAAGAAAAUGGGAUACAUUCCCUUUGGAUUUUGGUUUUGGCUCUUCUUAGCUCUGUAAUAACUAAGUCGGUGGAUACUGUCACAUUAUGGAUGCAGGGAAAUUCAAAACAAUUCAAAUCAUUUACAAAGUGAAGCACAAUUAUCAAUUUCCCAGGAGGCUAUACUGAGAUAAUUUGGAAUUGCUUUGUAAAUAGCUGUUUUAUUACAAUCUCAAAUAUCAUAGCAGGUUUUUCUUUUUUCACUUCAUUGUACACUGAAGGUCUACAUGCCAAUAGCCAUUUGGACCUCGCCACCUUUUUAUGUGUUAUUUAACAAAAGGCUUACCUCAUUUUCCUUCUCCACAAUUCUAAUAUGGAAGAAUAGGAGACUUCAAUGGGGUGAUUGCAUAAGUUAAGGUUCUCUGUGACCAUUUAAUAUGUGUGUAACAAAUGCUGUUCGAGUGCUUGACGGUACUUUAGUAUGUCAUUUUUCCUCAAAGUGAUACGGUAUAGGAUUGCCUUGAAGUUGUGUCCUGAAACACCCCACAAAACGUAGAACUAUGUGGUCAACCUAGACUGAGGAGGACAUCUUUAAAAAGCAUCUCAUUGAAGAAAAAUACUUACAAUAAUACUUAGUUGAGUUCCUUUGUGUGACUCAAUUUUGUUUCCGUCUUAUAAGAAAAAAAGUGUUUUGUCAGUGUUUAUUGUUGUUAAUUGAUUGAUCUUAAAUGACAAAGACGUAUCACAAAUGUAAAUAGACUAAAUAUUUUUUUAAGCAGACUGGGGUCCAGAGAGAAUGUUUUCUCCUCUGAUAUGCUUCAGAGAAUGACGACCAGAGAAUUGUUCAGUUUUUAUUUGAAAUUCAGUGACUAUGUUCACAGUGUGUAGUGUCUCCACAUAUUUUGUAGUGAAUAUCACUCCAUUUUAACUGCAUGUUAAACAUACAGGGUAUAGAUACACUCUAGAUACAAUUUCGUUUCUCUCAUGUUGGUCAUCACAUCUGGUUCCUAUCAGCUACAGUAUGUCUACAAAUAAAUGCUGACCUCCAGCUUAUAAGUUCAAAAAGGGCCUGUGGCAUGAUGUUGAAAUUCCCUUUUUUGUUAUCUUGUAGUAAAAAAUCGAUUGAAAGCCUAAGUUAUAAAGUGAUCAAACUACUGGGAGACAACUUGCUGGUAGAAAGCUAUAGUAAACCUUAAGCAUCAGUGGUUAGGCACACGCACAGAGAAAGCCCUGAGUUUGUCAAUGUCUUUAGAAUUAAGAGAAGGGAAUUUGUUACUACUGUAUAAGUGCACUCGACUUAACCAGACUGUUUUCAGUAUUAAUGGGUUGGAGUGUAGAUCCUGCAUCUUUGCCUUAAGGUGGGUGGAAAGGUGUAUUUAUUCUUUUCUUUCUCAACAUAAUUGGAACCUAAAGAAGACUAUAUUGUAUUAAGUUUGGAUCCGCAGGCAUAAACAUCUUCAGGUAUCUUGCUGUGCAUACUGUCCUACUUAAACCUUGAGAGGAAGGGUUCAGGAAAAACCUUAACUUUCCCAAAGUGAAUAUCCAAUACGUACAGUAAUUGCCGAUGUUUUGGUGCUUGUGCCUUGUCAUUAUUUAAGUACUUAUAUCACCUGCUCUUUUAAAUUAGCACUAUAAAAUAGAAAAUUCUCAUGCCAGAGCAGUGCAACCUAGGUUUUAGUCAAAAACAAAGAAAACAUUCUGUCCAAGAAAGUCAUCAAACAUCCCAAGCACUGUAUUGCAUAUUAACACACCCUGUAAAGAUACUACUACUGUACCAAAUUACAUAUGGUAUCAGUAAUGUGAAGCUGAUUCUCAUUUUUUGUAGUUAAUGCUAGUUCCUGAGAAAUACAGUACUUUAUUUUUUAAUUUAAAAAUGUUGACACAGGAACCUGAGGAAGGCUAGAACUUUUCAGUCAUUUGUUUUUCUGCUUCAUCUAUCAUAGAUAUACAGUAUUCUACCAUAAGCAGCUGAAGAAAUAUACUGAAGACAUGCAGCCCCCGUAGAUACCUGCUAACGUGGGCUUAUUCUGGGGCGGCCUUGCUCUUAGGUCGAACCCAUAACCUCUCCAAUAAGUACAUGUGCUGCACACAAGGCCAUGUGCUUAGUAAUUGAACACCAAGGUAAAUCAAAUAAAAGAGUGAUUUAAAGUCAACUUAAAGCUGCUUCACAUAAAAGCCUGCUCUUUACAACCCCAAUCCUGCACUCAGAAGCUUUAUUUUUACAAAUUAACACCAUAUGCACAAAACACAGAAUUGAAGAGUACUUUUUUCUUCUUCCUUCAAAAAAAACUCUUAAUAAGGAGACUCGUGGAAAAGAAAUUCAAGGACGUUCCACCCCAGAUUCCAGUACUGUUUUUGAUCUUCUGUGCAUUUCUAAUUCUUCAAAAGGUCAAUACAUACUGUAUAUCGCUGACCUUGUCACAGUGAACCUGACUUUCCCAAAUCUCUAGUUCAUUAACUUUGGGCUUAAUUGUUCACUGUCGGCUACCUGUUAUUUAUUUAAAUCUGUUUACCCUAAUAUGUUCUCAUUGUCAGGAUGCUGAGGAGUUUAAAGUUAUUAUAGGUGGUGUGCAUUAAUAUCUGUCAGCUUUCUAACACAUUUAAACUACUGGAAAUUGGGAAGUAGACAGGGGUCACUGUAUUUACAACAUGUGUGACAUCUGAGAUAGUAUUGAUAUCAGGAAUAAUCAGAGACAUCUUAUUUGCAAAGCCCAGACACAGCUGUGUGGGGGAAGCAAAUGGGUGUUGUCAAGCUGAUGUAGUUUUCUGGGGCGGGGGGGUUGCGCAGCCAUGACUGUCUCUGUAUUUAAAAUGUGUGCACACAAAAGUUGCCAUAUAAGGCACAAGUGUGUUUCUAAUAUCUAGUGUUCUUUUCCAUGUCAGUGACCUGUUAACUCUGGUUUAGCAUUCAUAAAGAAUAUGGAUCUAUAGCUGAUUUAAAGAUAAUUCUGGGUUUUUUAUCUGCAAGGUUAGAAGUCAUCAAUAAAUCCUCCCAAGAUUUUAGAAUCCCACCAAAUUUUGUCACAUAAUGAUGUAUUGCGUUCAUUCUUAUUCUUUAAUUUAGCUUUACUGUAUUGUAUUAUAUAUCUGUGUUCUUCAGAAUUUAUAAAUAUACAUUUCAUAGAAGAAAUAAUCACCUUGAAGGCACUUCAAGUGUUUUGGCGCAUCCCAGAAAUUAACUUGUUUAGUCUCAUGACCACAGUUCGCAUUACGUCACUUGUACAAGCAACUGAGUGUUGGCUGAACCUGCCCUGGCUGAUGAAACAUGUAGGGCAGACAUCCUUCAUAAUGAAACUGGAUCUCAUUUUGUCAGUACUCCCUAGUCUGUGCUUGCAGAAAGGAUGUAACCUGACCUUGCUGUGUUUGACAUCAUUAUACUGUAUGUACACUUGGAUUGGCUCGUAUAUUUUCUUAGAGGGACAUUUUAAACAGAAAAGCAGCAGAGGUGCUGAAACAACAUGUAGAAAUAAAAAGUCAAACGACUCAUUGAGAUACCCCGGACAUUGAAAAUCAAAGUACACUGAUGAAUGUGCAUACUGUAUGCACAGUUGUAUUUCACCCAUAGUUUCAAAUGCGAACAUUUAAACAUGGUUAAAGCUACAAAUCCAGACAGGUUUAAAUGCAAAUUAUAAAAAUUCAGACAAAGACAAAUCUACUGAAAGCUAAAAAUCUAAUUAUUGUAGCUAAGAAGCAUUUAGCUGAUGAUAAUUGUCCCAACUAAUUUCUCUCUGUAUUCUGGCAUAAUUGCGUAUGACAGUCCAGUUUAACAUUGAUGUGUAUUCAGUAAAAUAUUGCUUGUCUUAGCCCCGCAUCAAAUCACAACUUUGAUCCACAUGCCGAUCACAAAUUCCAAACUGCAUAGUUGAAGAAGGGCAUUAGGUGUGUACAGAAAGCCACCAGAAAGGGCUAUGUUCUGAGUUCGUAAUUGUUGAGAUGGGUCAAGCUUUUGAUUAUGUCCAGGCCUUAGUCCUUAACCCAAGAGUUUAAGUCUUGCUGAUAAGUUAGUUAAAAACAUGGAAUUGGUCAGUAGCAGGCAGACAUAAUUAUUUCAAAAACCGGUCGCACACAUAGUUAUUUGAUAAGUGCACACAUAGUUUAGCUUUAAAAAGAAUAAAAGUGGUAUUUUUUGUUAUCAAUGAAGAUACGUUUCUUCUCCUUUUUUGUAUUUCUGGACCUCAGUCUUUGAAGACCUCUCUACUUGUUAGUUUAACAUUUACUGUACAUAAGUAUUCUGACUCACUUGCAAUAAGGCAUUCACUUUCUUGGCAUGACUUCAGUCAUAAACCUUUUGUACAUUAAUGUAAGUUUUAAGUGGGAAGGAAAGCAAAUGUCAUUUUUAUUUAUUUUUUACCUGUUGUAAAGCCUUUGUUUUGUUUUUUCAAUGUAUUCUUGAAGUUGCAUGUGUUCUUGGAAGAUUUGUAUGUAGCUGUACAUUGUUAGGCAGAUACUCGCUAGAUAUUUCUGCCCCUGGACUUUAUACUUGAGCACUAAAGUGCCAAUAUUUCUUUUUUGGUGCCAUUGUUUUGAUAACAGAUGCCUUAAUAAACUUAAUGGACAUAUUUGUUAAAAA